GGAGGAAGGGAGUGCGUAUCUUUUGGCCCUCUCCGCAUCAUUGCAAUCCCACCCCUCGAUCGCCUUUCUCUCUCCCCUUUCCUUUUCUUGUCCUCCCUUUCUCUCUCUUUCCUCCCCCCCUUCUCCACCACUUCGGAGCUUGGCACCCUAAUCGGACCUUUGGGAACGGCGCGGACUGGAUCCUUCGCAAUCGGCGCCAUUGGGCGCGAGGGGAAUGCGGGGAAGGGAAGGCUGGAGUGCCUGAUCUGAUGCCCCUGGUGCGUCCGGUGGGAAGCAGGCCACGAUGUCGUCGGCUCCAGCCGCCGCACCGAUGUUUGAGCGGCAUCGAGCCGCAGCACCCAAUACCGUGUUCAAAAGUGGACCACUGUUUAUAUCAUCUAAAGGAAUUGGUUGGAAAUCAUGGAAGAGGCGUUGGUUUAUUCUCACGCGGACAUCAUUAGUUUUCUUCAAGAAUGAUCCUAGUGCAUUACCCCAAAGAGGAGGUGAAGUAAAUCUAACUUUGGGUGGUAUUGACCUAAAUAAUUCUGGAAGCGUAGUUGUUAGGGAAGAUAAGAAGUUACUCACUGUUUUGUUUCCUGAUGGACGUGAUGGUCGGGCAUUUACCCUUAAGGCGGAGUCAUUGGAGGAUUUAUUUGAAUGGAAAACAGCUCUAGAACAUGCACUUGCACAAGCUCCAAAUGCUGCUCUUGUGAUGGGGCACAAUGGAAUAUUUCGUAACGACAAUGCUGAUACUUUCGAGGGGUCAUUCCAAUAUUGGAGAGACAAGCGCCCUAUCAAGUCUUUGGUUGUUGGUAGGCCCAUUUUGCUUGCACUUGAAGAUAUUGAUGGGGGUCCAUCCUUUCUAGAAAAAGCUUUAUGCUUUCUUGAGAAGCAUGGUGCUAAGGUGGAGGGAAUCUUGCGGCAAGCAGCUGAUGUUGAAGAAGUUGAUCGAAGAAUUCAAGAAUAUGAACAAGGAAAGACUGAAUUUGCAGCUGAUGAGGAUGCUCAUGUUGUUGGUGAUUGCGUGAAGUAUGUUCUUCGAGAGCUGCCAUCAUCUCCUGUUCCUGCAUCCUGCUGUACUGCUUUGCUGGAAGCUUAUAGGCUGGAACACCAGGAGGCUCGUGUAAAUGCUAUGCGUUCUGCAAUAUCUGAGACAUUUCCUGAACCAAAUCGGCGGUUGUUGCAGAGGAUUUUGAAAAUGAUGCAAAUUAUUGCCUCUCAUACUGCUGAGAAUCGGAUGACUCCAUCUGCUGUUGCUGCUUGCAUGGCACCUCUUUUGCUGAGACCACUUUUGGCUGGCGAAUGCGAGCUGGAUGAUGACUUCGACAUGAAUGGUGACAGUUCUGCUCAGCUUCUGGCAGCAGCAAAUGCAGCUAACAAUGCUCAGGCCAUUAUCACAAGUCUCUUAGAGGAGUAUGAAAGUAUAUUUGAUGAGGGUAAUUCACAGAGAUGCUCACUCUCAUCGGACUCUCAGAUUGGAGACACUGGUAGUGAAGAGUCAACUGAUGAUGUCAAUACAGAUGUUAAAGAUAAUGGCUAUCAUGAUGUAGAAAAUGAUGCAGAACCAGAUGUGGAUGAUGAUAAUGAUGAACGUGUGCUUAGUGGAAAAUUGAGCGAAAGCAGUGGAUAUGAUGGCAGCGACCUUUAUGAGUACAAGGAGUUUGCUGGUGAUGAUUCAGAUCCUGAAUCUCCUCAUAAUAAUCAGUCUUCAGCAACAAAAACAGAGUUAGAUGUGGCCAAAGUUCAACAUAAUGAGCAAGCUUCAGCACACAAAAGUACUGAGAAGUCACUUACUGAGAAGGAUGCCUCCAGUGUCUUAGCUACCCAAGAGUCUCCCUUGUCAAUGGGAGAGAUUCUAUCUUCACUACAUCCAGGAACUUCUUUUCCAGCUCAUGUAACGGAGUAUAAUGUUGAUAGAUUUUCAAGUAAAGUGAAUGGAUCACACACUCAUAUGAAGCGCACUAACUUUUGGGGCCGUAACAAUGCCAGAAAGAAUCAGCCACUUGAACAAGUCGAUUCUUCUGGUGAAGAAGAGCUUGCUAUUCAAAGGCUUGAGAUCACAAAGAAUGACCUACAAAUAAGAAUAGCUAAAGAGGCAAAAGGCAAUGCAAUUCUACAAGCAAGUUUGGAAAGAAGAAAGCAGGCUUUGCAUGAGCGUCGAUUAGCACUAGAGCAAGAUGUAUCGAGAUUACAAGAGCAAUUACAGGCUGAAAGAGACCUUAGAGCUGCUUUGGAGGUUGGUUUAAGCAUGUCUUCUGGACAGAUUUCCAGUUCACGCACAAUGGAUUCCAAGACAAGGGCAGAACUUGAGGAGAUUGCUCUUGCUGAAGCAGAUGUUGCCAGAUUGAAGCAAAAGGUUGCAGAGCUCCACCUCCAACUUAACCAACAACGGCAAAAUCACUAUGGAUCCAUGCCUCAUGCAUGUGACCGAUAUCAGCAGCUUCCAGCUCAUCUUUCACAACAGAAGAUUGUCCAACAAGAUUUUGAUAUGAGCCUUGCUUUUUGCAAUCAUGAGAAGAAACAAAAAAGUGAGGAAAGCUCAUCAGCAACAGAUUGGAGGAGCAUUAAGCCUCAAAUACCACCUUAUGCUGGUUCCAAGCAGCUUUCUAGGAAACAUUCUGCAGAUAAAGCAAGCCUGAGCGAUUUAAAAGGUAUAGAGAUGGAGGCAUCGACCAGCAUGCCAUCAGAAGCCAAUCCUGGCAUGGCUAAUAGCUCGCCCAAGAUGAUCGAGGGUGCGGAACAUCCAAGACAACCAUCGGUGGCAUCUUCUACUUUGGUGGAACUAACAACCCGUCUCGAUUUCUUCAAAGAGCGGAGAUCGCAACUCAUGGAGCAGCUCCAUAGUCUUGAUCUGAGCCAUGGGGCAUCCUCGCAAAGUCUGGCAUACAAACCCUCCCCUCCUUGGAACAAUCCCAGAUAAGGCAGGCAUUCAUCAUCACCCCCACCCCCCACUUGUAUAUCCUUGAGUCAUGUAAUCUGCCAUAGCCUUCUUGCCUUUGAGACUGCUUUCGGUGGGUGAGUUUGCUGCAUUUGCAAUGACUGCUGCAGGAAUGUAAAUUUUUUGUUUCUUUUUCCCAUGUUUUCUUUCUGCUCUUUUCUUUCCUACUUGUGUAGACCAGAGAUCAUACGAGUUGUUUCUUUAUUAGUACGGUUCCAUUUCUA